ACGGAUGAGUUACUUUCGUCCCAACCACUUGCGGCCUUCUUCCGGACAACUUGCCCAACCAAAAUAAUCUGCCGUCUUCAUGUCAAAUCCACCCGCUUCGUCUUCGUCUUCACGUGUCACUUUUGCGAGCCUGACUCCUAGAAACCUUGGGACAGUCAAGAAACUCAAUUCAGUCUUGUUUCCCAUCAAGUACAGUGACAAGUUCUACCAGGAUGUCAUAGCUCCCGAGGUCGAAGACUUCUGUCAGCUCAUCUAUUAUAACGAUGUUCCUGUGGGCAAUAUCUGCUGCAGAUUAGAGAACAACAAAGAUCUGUAUCUCAUGACUAUGGGCGUUCUGGCACCAUAUCGCUCCAAACAGCUUGGUUCUCAGGCCCUGAAACGCGUCAUCAAGGCUGCUGCUUCUCAUUCCAAACCCAAAAUCAGACGUAUAUAUCUUCACGUACAAGUCUCAAACACUGACGCCAAGAGGUUCUACGAGAGACAUGGUUUCAAAGAAGCAGGCAUCAAAGAGGAUUACUACAAGAAGAUUAUGCCACGCGGCGCGUGGAUAUUAGAGAGGAUCAUUGAUUCUGAAGACAAACAGGACCAGGAGAAGCCUGAAUUGUGAAAUUGCAACCACUGCUGCAACAUCUGACCACGCUUUUCACUAUGCCAAUCAUUCCUUCCGGUACAGACUUGCCUCAAUGUUGAAUAUGAUAUUAGUAUGUGGAGUAAAUUGCAAUCGAGCGAUUGAUGAUUCUAUAUUAUCAAGUUAGCUUUGCAAGUCGCAACACAGCACAAAGCAAGUUACUAACAAACAACGCCAUUUCAAUUUGCAUCUUCGUCAUAUCCACAAUGCUUCACAAGCUG